AUUAUAAAUGUUUUCACAAUUAUUAAGUGCUUAAUACACAAUAGUUACUUUAGAUUUUUGACACUAUAAUAACGUUUAAUUUGCAGUUGGACACAUUUACACAUUGGACGACCAUUUUUUUGACAAUAUUAAUUUCGUAUCUACCCGCCACGCACACGUCAAUUCAGUUUCACGUCCCUCGCACUCUCAGCUCGCACUAUUGAUUCACAAUGGCAGUUUGUGUCGCAGUUAUCGGCAAAGAUAAUUCUCCACUAUACAUCGGCGGUGUAGGCAACGACACGAGCACAGACAACGAGUUGUCGCGGCAAUGGCUCGUCCACACGGCCCUGGACGCGUUAGAAGAGAGACUCGCCACUACCAACACAGGAAACGCUGGCACAAAUACGAACACUGCCCGUACUGAUCUCAGAGAUCUAUAUCUUGGCUUGUUAUACUCUACUGAUACGCAUAAAUGUAAAUAUGGGUACGUAACAAACACGCGAAUCAAACUUGUGCUGGUGACAAGUUCGACCUCACCAAGCGGCAGUAACAUCCGGGAUGCUGAAGUGCGGACUGCACUGCGUAGACUACACGCCUUGUACGCCGACGCUAUAUGCAAUCCAUUUCAUCUGCCUGGUGAUCAAAUUACUUCGCCGAAAUUUGAUAAGCAGGUCAAAAACAUAAUGAUGAACAAUGUUUAAUCAAUACUACGAACUGCGAUUGCGGUCCUUUCUUCAUUUAAUUUCUGUGUUUAGUUUGUGUUAUACUUGAAAUUAUUUUAUUUAAGUUUAUAAUAUUAUAAGGCUAUAAUUAUGUUAUUCCGUAUUUUAGUAUUACCGAGAGUGUAACUUUACAAAUAAAUAACUAAUUGGUUAUUGAGUUAAUAAAGUGUGUAGCUACAUAAAGUUUAAA